AUGGCUCCGUCACCAGACGGCAUCCAAUGCACAGUUCCGGAGGACACUGAACACAUACUGCUAAGCUGCGAGCGAUUCACGGCAAGCCGAGAAGCUCUCCGGGAUGCCUUGUUCAGACACGACAACGGCCCUCUUGACCUCAAGAAGUUCGCCGUCGCCCUCCUUGGCCUCGUCGCCGCCGCCUCCGCCGGCUAUCUUGGCGCCCCAGCUGCCGUGGCCUCCUACGCUGCCCCAGCUGCCGUUGCCACCUACGCUGCCCCAGCUGCCGUCGCCACCUACGCUGCCCCAGCUGCCGUUGCCACCUACGCUGCCCCAGCUGCCGUCGCUACCUACGCCGCUCCAGCUGUCGCUUCCGUCCGUUACGCUGCUCCAGUCGCUGCCGUCGCUUCCUACGCCGCCCCAGUUGCUCACGCCGUCGCCGCUCCAGCUGUCGCUACCUACGCCGCUCCAGUUGCCCACGCUGUUGCCGCCCCAGCUGUCGCUUCCUACGCUGCCCCAGUUGCCGCUGCCGUCGCUGCCCCAGCUGUCUACGGUGCCGGCUACGGUCUUGGCUACGGCCACGGUCUCGGCUACGGUUAUGGCCUCGGCUACGCUGGUCUCGGUUACGGCUAUGGCGCUCACUUCGCCAAGCAAGCAAACACACAUCAACCAACCACCAUGAACGCACUGCUCGCCACCGCCUUCUUCGGCCUCAUCGCCGCCGCUGCCGCCGGCUUCGUUGGCGCCCCAGCUGCCGUCGCAACCUACGCCGCUCCAGCCGUCGCCGCUGUGCGUUAUGCUGCUCCAGCUGCUGUUGUCAGGACGACCACUGUCACCCACGCUGCCCCAGUCGCCGUCGCUGCCCCAGCCGUCGCUGCCUACGCUGCUCCAGCUGUCGCUGCCUACGCUGCUCCAGUUGCCCACGCUGUUGCUGCUCCAGCUGUCGCUGCCUACGCUGCUCCAGUUGCCCACGCUGUUGCUGCCCCAGCUGUCGCUGCUUACGCUGCUCCAGUUGCCCACGCCGUCGCUGCUCCAGCUCUCGGCUACGGUCUUGGCUACGGUUACGGUCUUGGCUAUGGCUACGGUCUCGGCUACGGCUAUGGUCUUGGUCUCGGUUACGGCCACCACGCCAAGGUCGUCGUGUAAAUUUUAAUUUACACAACUACUAGUUCAGCAGCUCGUGGAAGAAAUACCAAUUGAACGAUUGACAUCCAAUACGGAACGAAUGGAU